AUGCCAAUACCAGUCGCCCCAUUCAGCAGACUGACCCUCGAAGACAUGUCUCCCACCAGUCGUCUAUCUGCUACUUCGGAGGCUGGCUACCAACAAGGACUGCCCGUGGAAGAUUCAAGCUCUGAUUACGAGUCGUAUUCGGAUCUCUCUGACGACGAUGGUGACGAAGACGACGAGCUGCCCGCCAUAGUGCAAUCCCCAUCCGAGCUCUCCUACGCCAUCGAUCAUCUUCCAGAAGAAUCUCAAGACGCGGUACGAAGGGUCUUUAGCGAGCCACCGAGGAUAGCCUUGCAGCAAUGCCGGCUCAUUGACGACACAUAUGCUUUUCAAAUGACCGAGCUCGUCACCCAGUCCGUUCGCAUUCGCGCUUCCGGCAACGGGUCCGCCUCUCAACUAACAUGCUCUUGUGGGCAUGGCGGCGAGCUCGAGCCAUGUUCACACUUGAUAUGGCUCUUGGAUCGACUUGCAAAGCAGACGCUGUACGAUUACGAUCCCAAGACACCUCUCACCAUGACUGAAGACGGCUUCGCGCAAGAGCUCGGCGAUCCCUUCACGGCCAUCUCGGAACAUCGCCUUGACGUCUUGUCCGAUGAUCUCCAUUGUCCAGUCGUCGACCCAAAAGCCGUCUCGGGGGAUGAUGACGUGACAUCUCGUCGAGUCCAAGAGUCGCGGGAGCUCCUAUCAGCCGUCUAUGGCAUGUCGCCGGAAGAGUUCCGCCCAGACAUCUUUGACAGCAGCAGCAGCCCGCUUCGUGAAAAGAAAGUGCUGAAGCGCAACGAUCUCGACUACACAGUCCUCCGCAUGCUGCUCGACAACCACCACUUCUUCAACUACUUCCAGUCCGUAUCUCGCCCCAGAGAUCCCAUCAACGAUUCCUUUAGGAAACUUUCCCAGCGAGUCGACCGCGUGCUCCGCGUCUUCGACGCAUACGCCUCAGACCCAGCCUCCACAACAACAGCAUCUUCUACAGAAACACCGCCAGACGUCCCUUGGGCGGCGAAACACAUCCUAGGCUGCACAAAACUCAUCAAAUCGUUCAUAUACACGCGAGACCGGCCGCUUCAGCCCUCCGAGGCAACCUCCGCCGCCCGCACGCUCAUCCACAUACUCUCCGCAGUGGUAUCCCGUAACCAAGACGUCGACACUGGCAGCGCGACGACACGAACAGAGCAUAACCUGUACCUCUAUCUAAUUGGCGACAGGGAUACGGAUUUUGCCAUUGCGGAGCUUAAUUUGCUUCCUGAAGCGGCGAGCCAACACCUCCAUAGCCUAGAGGCCAUUUUCGACGAUAUUGGGAGACUCGGCGCUCCGGUGUCGUACUUUGAAAAGUUCAAGUCGCUACUGAGCAGGCUGAGGACGCCGAUCAUGAGGGCUAGUCUGAAGAGGCAAAUUGAAGAAGAGGACAGCACUUAUCGACGCUUCAAGAGAAUGAAGUGA